AUGUCAGAAUCAGACGAUGAAUUGACUCUUUCUAGCAAUGCCCUGGCAGCUUUACAAGAGUUUAAGCAGGAAGAACAACAGCGCCAGGAAAAUUUUGAAAAACUAUUGCAACAAGCUGAUGAGGAAUUUGAAGAAAAGAAGAGAAUUCAGGGAAUGGAGCUAUUCAAAGAAGAUUGGCAGCUUUCUCAGUUCUGGUAUGCUGAUGAUACCGCCGACGUCUUGGCGGAGGCUUUGCUUGAAGGCGCAGACCCUGAUACUGUUAUUGCAGUUGUAAGCGCCCCAUCAGUGUACGCGGCAAUACUGAAAAGACCCAAAGAGCAGAUUCCCACUAAAAAUAUUUAUCUUUUUGAGUAUGACACGAGAUUUGAACUUCUUGCUGGGCGUGAUCAUUACGUUUAUUAUGACUAUGUUCAGCCGUUGGAAUUCACUGAUCAACUUAAGGGUAAGGUCGAUCGUCUUUUGAUUGAUCCCCCUUUCUUGCACAAUAAUUGUCAAACUAAUUCUCUCUUAGCACCUAAAGACGGCUCUAAAACGAUGAACGGUUAUUUGAGACAUCGAUUCAUGUCCUGUACCGGUGAAAGAAUGGCAGACUUGAUUUCCAAGUUAUAUCCUGAUUCAAAAAUCACCACUUUCCUUCCCCAGCAUGCAAAUGGAUUAAGCAAUGAAUUCAGAUGCUAUGCUGACUUCGAAUGGAAAAAAUGGAAAUUCAGUACUUAA